UUAUAAAAUAAAAAUAAUUGAUUAUUGCGAACAAAAUAUUGCGAGAGUGUAGUACAUUGCGAUUACUUUGCGGGAAUUUUCUUUUUUAAUAUAUGCGAUACAUAACGCUUCAACCUCCCCCAUCACAUCGGGAGUGACACAGUGAAUGACGGCAAUGACGCUCGCGCUUUCUGUCAGUCGGCGAAAUGACGUGCCGGAGAGCGUUUCUGUUCACGUUUUUGACGGCGUUAGUGUUCUGUGCGACAUUCCGACGAGGUGCUCCCGCUGUGCUCGGCGGAACCAUCGAAAAUAAGAGUGUCACCGAAAAAGCGCAACCGGAAGGUUGCAUCGAGUGCGGAUAUUACAGAUGUCCAGAGAACGCCGGAAAAUGCUUGUUGGGCUCGGUACCUGAUCCUUGUGGCUGCUGUCCGGAGACUGGUUUGUGCGCCCGUCUCCUCGGCGAACCAUGUUGGAACGCGAGCAUCCCGCUUCUAUCUCCAGAGAGCCGUAACGAAGGAUACUGCGCAAGAAAUUAUCUAUGCGAGCUGCGCUCCGAUCUACAAGAAAAGGACGCUCCGCAGGCAACCUGCGUUUGCAUGGAACAGAGUCCGGCGUGCGGUAGCAAUAACGAGACGUACUCGACGCCGUGCGCGUUACACGAAGAGGCGAUGAAACUCCGGAACUCGUCCUCCUUGAGAUUGCAACACCUCGGUCCUUGUGAAAGUAGACCUUGGAUUCUGUCAACUUUGGAAGACGUCGCCGCAUCCUUCGGUCAAUGCGUCGCACUUAAUUGCGAGGCAAAGGGCUUCCCUGUGCCGGAUAUCUUUUGGGAAUUUCACUCGGCUGACGGGAGAAGAGUAUUAAAGUUGCCGGAAAAGGAGCACCAAGCGACGGUACACACGGUCGACGGUCCGGAGCCACUUAUGCGAACAUCCUGGAUGCAAUUGGUUCAGCUGGAUGAAAAACACAUCGGGAUGUAUCAUUGUAUUGCUAACAAUUCCAUAGGCCAAGCGAGCACGUCUUCAUUCGUGUCCAUAUUGUGACAUUGUGCUUUUAUGUGAGACAAUCUUUUUCGUAUAACUGCUGUGUCCACGAAUACAAUGCGAAAAAGAAAACAAGCUAGCUAAUACGUUCGGGAGAUUUUAUUUUUUUAACAAACAAAAAGUAUGAAGAAUUCUUCGCACAACCCUGUUAAAAAAAAAUUGAUAGAGAACAAUAUAUCGUUUUUAAUCAUAAUUAUGAACCGUAAAAGAAUUAUCACGUAUAAACAAUUCAUUACGAUAAUGCUUUAAUCGUUUAUUCAUGAUCAUCAAAACAAUAUAAAACAAUAAGUUACUAUAAAAAUUUUAUAUCGAUAUUUCAACGAUUAAAAUUGUUUUUAUUAGAUAAUGAUAGAAAACGAUAGCUAGGAAACGAUAACAUUUUUUUCGGAAUGGAACGAUAGAUACGAUAGGACACGAUAAAUUUAUUUUUAUUUAGCAAAUCCUAUCGGUUUCUAUCGAUUUUUUUUUAACAGGGAAAUGAUACAAUUCUGAGAUCGAGUAGACUUCGUAAAAAUGUACGAACGGCAGUUGGCUUUUUAGAGAGAGAAACCUGCUUGCGAUAAAUUAGAAAUAAAACUUGUUUUGUACGAUCUAAA